CAGGAGACCCACAGCAGGGCGAAGUACAGACAACCUGCUGAACUCUCAAUCUUCAGAUUAUCAAAGCACAAUUUCAGCUCUUUUUUUUUCUUUUUUUUAUUUUUGAUGCACAGGCAACAGUUGGGGAUCAGUUUUAAACACUUCGGUGCUUGACACCCAUCGGGGUCAUCAUAUAUCACUAAAAGCAUUAAAAGACAUAGUUUGUGAUGAGUCUCUGCACUGCCUGAGAGAAGAGAUAUGGAUGCUUUUGAGGGAAUUCACAGCGUCCGGAUUUCAUCUUCUCCGCCGUCUUCAACCGCAGCUAGCCCAGGAUAUGAAGUCCUCAAAGCAGGGAGAUCUGGAAUAGCAGUAUAUUCAUCUGCGGUCUUUUUCGGCACACCUGAAGUCCUGGGAGCCAGACACAAGUCCAGCAGGAGAAGCACUGAGGAGAAAGGCUGUGUUGUUGGACGGUUGGUCGAUCUGGAUCCAGAGCCAGAGUCCAGACUGGAGGGAGGAGGCCAGGCGGGGCCCCCCUCCGCCAGGGGCCAUGGCGACCUCUCCCGGCUCCGUAGCUCGUCGCUGGAGAUCAAAGAAAAAGAAAUCCGAGAAAAGGGCUCGGAGAUCCUCAGGGAACAGCUGGACGCUGCAAAGAAGGAACUGAAACUGAAGGACAAGGAGUGCGAGCGUCUGUCGCAGGUCAGGAAUCAGCUGGAGCAGGAGCUGGAGGAGCUGACUGCCAGUCUGUUUGAGGAAGCUCACAAGAUGGUGCAUGAAGCCAACGUCAAACAAGCAGCAGCGGAGAAACAGCUGAAGGAGGCUCAGGGAAAGAUCGACGUUCUACAAGCGGAGGUGACGGCGCUCAAGGCUCUGGUGUUGACGUCGACGCCUUCUUCACCGAACCGUCAGUUGCAUCCACAGCUGCAGUCUUCAGGAACCAGAGGAGCGCACAAACAUGUCGGGGGCCACAUCCGCAACAAGAGCGCCAGCGGAGCCUUUCCCUCCUCGCUUGGAAAACCAGAACCCUCCUCGGUGUCUGUUCAGCCGGUGGCCAAAGAGGACCGAGAGCCUGCUGUUCCUGCUCUCCUCUCUCUGAUACUCUGUCUGGUCCCUGGCCAGUCUGUCAGUGUGACCUUUGACCCUUACUGGCAGGGGCAGGGGCGAGGCACUGACGGCCGACAGAUGGACUCCGUUCUCUAUGCAGAGUUUUUGAUGUGGAAGGAAAAUCCAAGUCUCGAGCGCUCCUCGGCCUUCCUGAGUCGCAUCUACAGAGAAGACAUCGGACCCUGCCUCUCCUUCACGAGAUCUGAGCUGUCGCAGCUGGUGCAGAGUGCAGUGGAGAACAACUCUCUGACUGUGGAGCCUGUGGCCAUGUCCGCGCUGCCCAUGGUGAAAGCCUCAGCUAUAGAGUGCGGCGGCCCUAAUGGCUUUAGGGCAGCAAUAGAGACAAAAUGCGCAUUAAGCGGCAUGUCACGCCUCUGCAGACAUCGCAUUAAACUGGGCGACAAGGGGAGCUACUAUUACAUCUCUCCCUCCAGCCGAGCACGGAUCACGGCUGUUUGCAAUUUUUUUACUUAUAUUCGUUACAUCCAGCAGGGCCUGGUGAGACACGAUGCGGAGCAGAUGUUCUGGGAGGUGAUGCGUCUCCGCAGAGAGAUGACUGUGGCAAAGUUAGGUUUCUACCUCACUGACCAGGGCUAGAGGAAAGCCCACUGAAACACCAGGACAACAUGAUCCCGGGACCUGGAUUAUUCCCGGUCCUAAUCAGGGUUAAACUGUGGUAACAAACUUGGAUCCGUUUUUGUAGCAGAGGUUACAGCAUCAGUGCUGCAGGUCAAUCAACAAGGGAAGCAAAAACUGUUCAUGUGCCACUUUUAUGCAAUAAGGCAGAUAAUUAAACCAGCACAGCUAGAUGGGAGUAAAAUAACUAAUAAUUUCAAAGAGAGAGAUGUGUAAAAUAUAUGUUCUGUUAUACUGCAGGCCUCCAGUAUUUCCCUCCACUGGUGAGGAAAAUUGUUUCUGUUUCUGAACCUCCCGGGUGGAGAACACACAACCUCUCACGUUAAUACGAUAGAUUGUAUGUAUCAGUUUUCAGGCGUUGGUCUGUUGAAAAGAGGAGCGCAACGCAGGAGGAAAGCAGUUUAGAGAGUUUAGUUGGUCUCUUACCUCAAGUAUUACAUAUUCAACUGUAAUGUAGUCUAUUGUGAGAUUGACAAUAGUCGUGUAGUUUCACCACUUUCAACAGUUAUUUUGGUUGUUUUCUUUAUUUUUACAUUAAUAUAAUGCUAAACAGCGUUUCUUAGUUACUUUGAGUUAUUGGCUGAAUGAACACAGCCAGGACUUUUUGUCUCAGCAUGGCCUUAAUUCUGUUGCACUACCUGUCGUAGGUGCCUCAUAUAAAAAACAUUAAUGAAAUGUAACAAACAGCUACAUGUUAGCCUGGCCUGUACUUAAUAAUCAGAUAUAUUGGUAAUAAAUUAGGUAUAACACAUCAACAUAGUUUUACAUUAUAGUCAGAAAAUGAACAAGCUUUAAUACAAGUGAUUGCAAUAUGCACAACUGUAGGUUUGCACGUCUGCAAUGAACAGUAUGUACAUACAGUAAAAGCCAUAAAUGACUAUGCAUGAGUGCAGUACAUAGCCAUAUUGUGCAAUGUAUAUUGGUUGUACCUGAUAGUAUAGAUUUAUUAUUAUUAUUAAUGGCCAAGUUUUACAGAAAGCGGUCUCUUGAGGGUAAAAAAAAUGAAGAAUAUUGUGUCAGAAAGUGCAAUAACUGCUUAUUAGCCAUCAUUAGGGCUUGGAGGUUCCCAGCCUCGUGUACUGAUAAUGAACGGUGUCUUCCAGUGUAAACACUCCAUUAAAGACGAGGCAUUGUAGCCUGAUUGCA